CCCAGUCCUUGUUCAUUCAUACUUCACUAUGAACUUUCUCAAGCGAGCCAUUGUCGAGCAGCCCGUCAUCUCGCUCUCCGUCCUGUUCGGCACCCUCGGCCCGCUGAUGGUCCUCAUCUCGAGCCCAGACUCGUCGCGUCACAUCAAGCCUUUCCUUGAGCCUCCGUUUGUCACGCUGCCCGAGAAGCGAUCAUAAUGGCGUCGAGCGACAAACCAAACCUCUUGCACAAAACACAAUACACUUAAUCCUUGGUUUACUUGCUGCGCGCUUCGAUUCUGUUGGACAGGCGACCUUCGCACUGC